CCAAAAUAAGUUGGCGGCACACAGUCUAUUUACCUCCUAUAAAUAUCACUUUAACCUGGACCCAUACACCCACCCGAAAACCUAAGAUUUGGUAUCAAUCAAAAUCAACUUCAAAAAAUCAACCGAAAAUGGCCAAGGCUCGUAUGAUCGGGAUCGGGAUGGACUACUCGGCUACAAGCAAAACCGCGUUAAAAUGGGCGAUUGAUAACCUUUUCCAAACCGGGGACACCCUCGUCCUCCUCCUCGUCUUGUCUCCCAAGUCCGAUCCUGUCAAUAAAAAACUCUUCGCGGACACUGGAUCACCUUUGAUCCCUUUGGUGGAGUUGAAAGAGACCGGAGUGUGCCGGAAAUACGGGAUCACACCUGAUUCCGAGCUUUUCGACAUGCUUGACACAGUUUCCGGGGAUAAACAGGUUAAGGUGGUGGCUAAGGUUUAUUGGGGAGAUGCUAGAGAGAAGCUGUGUGAAGCUGUGAAUUAUCUGAAGCUUGAUGCUCUUGUUGUUGGAAGCAGAGGUUUGGGUGCUAUAAAAAGGGUGUUGCUUGGGAGUGUAAGCAGCUACGUGGUGCAGAACGCAACCUGUCCAGUCACUGUUGUGCCAAUUUCGUCAUCGGAUGCAUCGAAACAACGUUAAUUUGUUCACUUUUCACAUUCAAACAAAUAAAAUGGCCGAUGGCGGCUACAGGAUCUGAUGUUUCUGGUGAUGUAGAGAUGAAUAAAGAGGUGUUUACCAUUUAGGGGGGGGGGGUAUAUUUUAUAAAUUGUUUGUUUUUUAUAUUAAUUUAUUGAGCAAUUUAGCGGUUGCUAGUCUAUAUGUUUGAAUAAGUUAGUUAUGUAUUUGUUAUAAAAUCGUAUGUGAGAAGGCUGAAAUAAGUUCUAGCAUAAGAUGAAGUUUGUUUAAGCUCACUCAAAUAGACUCAUGAGCCUAAGAUGUUUGUUUAAUAAAUUGGAUUAGAGUUGUUAUA